AUGGCGCACGUGCGGCGGCACCUGUGCGAGAGUUUCGAAGCACCUGCAAGCUUCCAUCCACAAAAUGUCCUCCUCCUUUCCAUUUCGAGACGCAAUCGGGUAAAAAGGGGAAAUUUCGACGCACCAGGACCAUCUGCAAAGGAGAGGAAACCGCAGCUGCUCAACUCGCUCGUGCCGAAGAUUCGGCACCUGCGGAAACUUGUUCUUCUUCUUCUGCGCGGAGGCAUUUUGCGGCAGAUUAGGAGGAAGAUAAGGGAACAACAAUAUGAAAUAUCGAAAAUAUCAUUGCGAAAUGGUUGCAAGUUCGCCCGACUCAAAGCGACUUGCGCGCCACCGGAAGGCAUCAGAGAAAUGGCGAAAAAUCCCCGCUACCGCGACGCUUUGAGUCAUUCCAAGUGCGGCCACGACGUUUGA